ACUACUCGGCUCGGUAGAGUUUCCCGCCCCCAGACCGUGCAGAAAGCGCCGGCGACCCGGGCGCUGACAAUGGUCAGCCGACGGGAGCGGCGAGAAGCCUCUUCUCCGCCCUAGAUCUGCAGCCUCUAGGCUCCAGCAGGGAGGACGGGGCGCGACAGGUCACCUGGAUCGUGCCGGGGGCGCCCGCGCCCGGGGUCCGACCGCCUGGGGCCUGUGUGUUCCCUUCAGAGACUCAUACAAGUGUCUCAUCAUGUGAAGGACCUAGAUAUUUGAUUUCACUCCUCCAAGUUUUCAUUUACAUUACACAUUGAGAAAGUUAUGAGAAACAACUGUCACUCUCUGGGGGUGGAGACUGCCAUGAUUCACAAAGACAAGAGGUAAUUUUCCUGUAAUCACAAGAUGACUCAGGAUGGAUCAUGAAGCCGCCCAGCUGGAGAAGCAGCACGUACACGAUGUGUAUGAGAGCACGGCCCCUUACUUCAGCGACCUGCAGAGCAAAGCCUGGCCCCGCGUCCGCCAGUUCCUCCAGGAGCAGAAGCCAGGCAGCCUCAUCGCCGACAUAGGUUGUGGGACUGGAAAGUAUCUUAAAGUAAACAGCCAGGUACAUACCCUGGGCUGUGACUACUGUGAGCCAUUGGUAGAGAUUGCCCGGGAGAGAGGAUGUGAAGUCAUGGUAUGUGACAACCUUAAUCUCCCCUUUAGGGAUCAGGGCUUCGAUGCCAUCAUCUCCAUAGGAGUCAUACAUCAUUUUUCUACAAAACAGAGAAGAAUCAGAGCCAUCAAAGAAAUGGCCAGAGUCUUGGUUCCUGGAGGGCAGCUGAUGAUUUAUGUUUGGGCCAUGGAACAGAAGAACCGUCACUUUGAGAAGCAAGAUGUGCUCAUUCCAUGGAACAGAGCCUUGUGUUCCCGAUUCUUCUCCGAAUCCAGCCAUUCUGGGAGAAAAAGGCGGUGUGGGCAUCCGGAGAGAAGCCAUCCCUACCAUCCUCCCUGCUCUGAGUGUAGCUGUGCUGUUUGUUUCAAAGAGCACUGUGAUUCCAAACGGUCCCACAGCGUGGACUAUGAACCCGUCACGGCCAGAACCUGUUUUACAAAUAUUCCUAAAGAAAGCGAGGGAGAAUACGGAUUCUAUAACACAUUAGGAAAAUCUUUUCGAUCCUGGUUUUUCUUCAGAUCUUUGGAUGAACCAACUCUGAGGAAACAAAUUGAAAGAGUGAGACCCUUGAGAAACACAGACGUUUGGGCCGAUCACACUAUCACAAUCCAACCUUCCAGGCACUCUAGUCUAGACUUUGAACUCCAACAGCCAUUUUCAAAAAAGGAGCAAAACUCAGAUGAGGAAGUGUUUGUGGAAACUUCUUCUCGAAAACACUUGGAGUGGCUGAGAGCACCAGGCACUGUGAAGCGUUUAAAUGGAGACCAUCUAGGAGAAAUUGGGAAAAAUGGAGGGGGGAAUUUUCUAGAUAGCACAAACACCAAUGACAAUGGUGUAGAUGCAAGCAACUUAGAAGGAGAAAGCCCUUCUGCUAGUAGUAGAAUACUCAGGAGGAUUUCUGCAGUCGAUUCCACAGAUUCCAACCCAGAUGACACAAUUUCUGUUGAAGAGCAACAAGCCGACAUUUUGGAUUCCAGAGCCUUUAUGCGUUACUACCACGUGUUUCGAGAAGGCGAGCUCUACAGCUUGCUCAAGGAGAAUGUGUCAGAGCUGCAUAUUCUGAGCUCUGGGAAUGAUCAUGGCAACUGGUGUAUCAUUGCAGAGAAAAAGGAAAAUUGCGAUUGA